AUGCGCAGCUCAACCAACACCCUCAUCGCCAACAUGGCCUUUGCUGAUCUGUUGAUGACCAUAGACAUACCGUACAUACUUAAAUUUUUCUACGUCGGCGAUAAAUGGUUUGGAACCUUCAUGGGCACCGUUUUAUGCAAGUUUUUUCACUCUGCUCAAGUGGGAUCUCUAAUAGCCUCCGUGUUUAGUUUAGUGGCAAUUUCUCUGGAUCGAAGUUUUGCUAUCUUGUUUCCUAUGAAGACGGUUAUGACUAGGAACGUUGUACGUUUCGCGAUCGCCAUGGUCUGGCUGGGAGCGCUGGCUUUCUCACUUCCAGUCAUGGUGGCAUCUAAAACUGCACAAUUGGAAGGCACGAAUUUUUUGAGUUGCGCAGAGUUUUGGGCGACCACGUCGGCAAACACUUUCUUCCUAGUUCUAAUUAUAGGUGGGUACAUCAUUCCACUGAUAAUCAUCGCCUUUGUCUACAGUCUAGCAGGGAUACGUCUCUGGAGUAGACAACUUCCUGGCCAUAGGAAUUUGGUCUCAAACAAAAAAGCACAGUCGUCCAGCAGGCGUGCAACAGCUAUGUUGAUAACUGUAGUUAUUGUCUUCGCCCUGUCUUGGCUACCUUUUCAAGCUUUGGAGAUGCUUCGUCAGUACAACAGGCCACUGUAUGAUUCACUUCCUAUUGAAUUUCUGUUUACCACACCGUGGUUUGGUUACGCUAACAGUGCUAUUAACCCAAUCCUCUAUGUGAUAUUCUCCGAGAAUUAUCGUCAGGAGUUUUACCGCAUUCUGUGUCGAGGUCCAACCAGGAAGGACCGCUACAGAAGGACAAUCAUAAGCCGAAGUACCACUACUAGAUCAACUCGUCUGUCACGUGCAAGCUCAUUGGCUGUAAGCAUUCCGCUUCAAAAGCUUAGAGAGGAAGCGAAUUAUAGACGACAAGGCCCUGAGUCACCCUGAUAUCGUGCCGCAAUAUUCUGACCCAUGAGAACUUGAUAAGCUUUGUAACAUCUUGACCAAGACUCAAAAAGAAUCGUGACACCAGUAAUUUCAGACUCCUAUUGUCACUUGAAAGAACAAUUUUCCAGAACGCUCAACUUUUCGUAAACUGUCUCUCACUAAGCAAGUCUGUAGCGCUGCCUUGCUCUGCAUUUAAAAAAGACAAGCGCCCAAACGACGCCUAACAUUAGGGCGGAUCAAGAAAAUGUUGGUAAGGGGUUCCAGUUAGUGCACACGGUUGGAGCCAACACUUUACACCCUUGCACUCGUUAUGUAUUAUUCUCUACUUUGAAUGACUUUGCUGUCAUGACACGUUUUCACAGUACAUGUGACAACAGCGAAAACGCCACCAAAAAGUAAGUUCGUGUUCUUUCAAACCUCAUCGCAAUUAUUCCAACUUGUUCACCUCGUCUAAUGUAGGCGAAUGCUCCUGGAUUUGAAUUCGUAGCAACCUGAUCCCAGUACCGGUUCCCAGAGGGAGAGAGGAGUUAUCGUACUUUGUUCACGUCCUCCAUGAAAAGAUGUCACUACAGCGACGGCAACGAGACGUCAAAUCACGCCCUGAAUCACCCUGAAAUCGUGCCGCAAUAUCCUGACGCCAAGACAUGAUAACGUGAUUUAACAGCCUGCCACAAGACCCAAGCUUUGUAACAUCUUGACCAAGAUACAAAAGGCACCAGUCGUUUCAAGAGGCUGUAACUCAGGCUGUCACUAAGUAAAUCUGUAGCGCUGCAUUUAAUUUUCUUUUCGCUUUUUAAAGCCAGUUUUCGUCGUCGUCGUCGUCGUCGUCCUUGCUUGAGGUUAUGUUUACGGGACCAUUGGCAAGGAAGAUUUUGUAUCUCAACACAAAGUUCCAACACUAUUGCCUUGUUAUAGGAAAACAUUUAUCUCAUGUUGUGCGGUGGCAAAUACGAACAAGACGAACAAGAGUCCCAAGGUAGAAAGACAUUUUCUAUUUAAACUACUGAAAACCAAGUUGACGAAGGUUGUCUAACUGAAUGAAGGUUUCCCAUCAGAUCCAUUAGACCUAUUAGGCUACGACACACCGAUGACGUCACUAAAACUUUUUUAUGUUUUGUCGAACACAAUUUUACGUCAUCUGUAAUGUGUUACUGAACAAACACACGGCAAUAUUGAAUCUAUUUGCUGAAUAGGUGACAAUUUUCCGUGGCCUUGCUAGAAAAUAGCAAAUGGAAAUUUUUUGUCGAUUUCUUAAAUAGACCACUGAACGAAAUCCACACUGCAACGCAUGCGCAAUAGGUAACAAGGGGUGCUUACCAUUUACACAAUCCACCCGAGUGGAAAUCUUGUACAUAAACAGUAUAAAAUUUUACAUGUUGGGAGAACGACCCGCUACAAGGUACAUCCAAAUCAGCUGAACAGACUAAAACUAAGAGGGGGAAAAUAAAUUCGCCUUAAAUCACAGCCCAUAUUUUCUGAAGCUUCCCAAACGGAAUGGCGCGAACCAUUUGAUUUUCAAACCGGAAUUUCCGGUUUUCCCACGUACACGGUAAGUACCCCAGCAUUCAGUUCGAAUUCAGUUUUCCGAUCCGUAACAGCAAUCUGAGGAACAGCAGCGGUUAAGUAAGAACAGAAUCAAAUCGGUAUUGUGGUCAAGUAAUGUAAAUGUGAGAGCUUUAGUGAUGCAUUAAUGUUGUUUAGUUUAAGAAAGUUUUUCACGGAAGGUAUCUAAUCUCUUUGUGGCAGUAGGAUUGACGAGAUAAACAGACGCAAAAAGCAAAAAAGUGGUCAGUUUUGAGAGCUUAAAUUUUAUUUGAUUUAGUAAGACUAUGUAAGUGUAAACAGAAAUUAGAAAUAGAAUUAAAGAUUGAUGUUUAAUGAAUGUAAUGGAAGAUAAUAAAUACGUAGUACGAUUGACGAAAGACGUAAUCUAUUAUUGACAACUUCUCCCCUGGAGAGUUUCCAUAGGAAACUGGGAGGGACGCCCCCUCCUGUUAUUUUCUAGGGGCGGGGGGUGGGGAGCGGCGGCGAGGACAUGAUAUACGUGGGCUCGAUUACUAGCCACUGUUCGGCAAAUGAACCCGCGCUCCCAGAAACCGGACCCACGACAGUGGCGGAAAUCGAACCUAGAUUCUACGAAGAAAGUGGAGAGUAGAAAUAACCAAUUUUUUUAUAGAUGCACAUCCAUGGCCAGUUAUAUGCACCAGCCCGCGAGCAAGCUCUUCCCCAGUUCGAGUUGCAAGUGAAGCAAGCCGCAAGACAACGCGCGAGCGAGCGAGCGACCCCAUUCAGCCCUUCACACUUGAUCUGCCGUCUCAGUUUUGAGUGCCUUGUGACUUCUCAUCUCCUAUAUGGGGAGUUUGUUCGCAGGGUUUGUGUGCACUUGCUGCCUGCCACGAAAGUGGCAUUACCUUUGUCUUAUUAUUUCAAACCCCAAAAACACGAACUACGAAAAUAUUUUUUUUUCCGUUCACGGGGAAAAAAAAGGCAAGUUAAGCACUGGCAUUCAAGAAUUUAGUGAAUAUGAUUUGGCUCCUCUGUUACUUGAUUUAAUAUUUUAAAUUAUUGCUUUAAAACAUACAUACUAUCAAAAAGGUUGGAUCUGAAAUAAGUAAAUAAACAUUAAAGUAGCAAGCUAUUUUCUGUUGUCUUCUUUGCCUUUUUAGGCCGUUUAUGAUUCAACAUUUGCUCAUUCUAACCACAUUUUAAGCUAAGGAAAAAUAAUAUACCCUCUCUAAAAAAACCGGGGCUCAAAUAGAACGCAAGUUCAGAGUCCACCGGGUCAACUGGGCCAGCUUUGAAAUAAAUUUUGGGGUGAUAUAGAAUUGAAGAACAGAGCUCAAUCUUGUUUUCAAUAAUGACUUGCCUUGUUACAAACGCCAUCUUUAAAAUGAAGCUUCGGUCAGUCCUUUCCCACUUUCGAUGAGAAAUGUGUGUGCUGUUAAAUCGCCGCUGAAGGGCUAAAUCUUUGUAAAUAGAAAUGUAUAAUAAACAGGUAGACCCUUGGUAUAAACGUAGGACAAGAAUAUCGUUAGAAAAUUGGCUAACAUUAACAAGUAACAUGCCAUUCUACUUAAGCUUUAUGCACAGCGUCCGAGUAAAAAUUGUGAGGCGGUAGUUCUGCUUUUGUUAAGAUAUCUGUGGAUGCUUGAAAGAAAUCCUCUGAAACUCGUGGGUUCAUGGUCGGAGCCAUCUUUUUUUCCAACUCCAAAGGUGGUCGUUCAGAAGUUGUGGUGAAAGCUCCUGAAGAGAUGUUGGAGAACUAACUGCAAGCCAGCGUUUGACGUCUGAAUGAAAUUAUUGAAUAACUCGACGUCGUAAAAUGUUUUCCUCUUUGUAUUUGGAUUUUCUUGUUCUUCUACGAAUUUGAUCAGUUCCUCAUCUCUGAUCUCGACAAAGCAGCUUGUCUCCGUUUUAUAAUUAAUUUAAAACUUGACUUCGACUCGUGAAAACUGCGAAAGGAACAAACGACGGAAAACCAUAAGUGCUUGACAGCGCGGGAAAAUACUGUGAGCUGAUUGGUCAAAAAGGAUAUUACACAUGGGUAGAUAGAAAUGAUAUCACCACUAGCUAGACAGCGCAUUUAUCUUUUUGCUACCACUUGGUAGAACCGUUAUCUUCUAUUUAAUAAAAACGAUUAUGUAGUACUAUUAUGUGGAUCUUAGAGGGUGUUAUCUUCCUUACAAUCAGCCUCAUCCUGUAGUUGUUUCUGUGUUUGUUUAAGAAACCGACGAGCAUCGCGUGGGUUUUUUACUGCAUUGACUUAGUCUCAAGAAUCAUGAUUGUCGGGGACUGUUAGGUACAUUUUUUUUCCUACACCACCUGCAUACAUUCUCUAAAGUAAACGGGUGGGUCUUUUCCAUUUUUAGUGCGCGCUUUUUAGAUAAAGUAAAGACCAACAACACAGUUUUUAUUUCAAACUGAUGUUGGCGCAUUAGCAUGUUGAGGGCCGCGGAAUCUGAGGUAGAAUAUUUCAGGUUCUUUAGUUCAGCAUAAUAUAUAUUUUUCCAAUAAAAUUUACAGACGAAUGUAUGGUAAAUGAAAAAUACAAUCGUACAAGUUCGCGCGUAAAGCUAAAAGCUCUAUCCUAGUUUUUAAACUAAGUUUGAUAACCACCCGAAGGAAAUCUCCUUUCAACAAGCGAAAAUCGAUAUGUACAAACGAGCCAAUGAGUAAUUAAAAAAAAGUCAAAACUUUUAUGAAUUGACUUAAAUCUUUCAUUGCAUUUUUCAAUCUCCGAUCUUUUUAUCUAGCCUAUAAAAUUAGGUAUGUCUAUUUCUCCAGUGAGCAAUAAAGACCUUAUCAUUUACCUUAUUAUUUUUUCCGUUCAUACUUUUCCGUGACAAUUUUAUCUUUUAUGAAAAUUAUUGACACCGGUUCUAAUAGAAGCUAUAGACUUUGGUGUCUAUCAAAGGGGAAGUUAAACUUAAGCUUUGAUAAAGUUACGGUAAUAGGACCGUCGCGUGUGACGUACUCGACCAAGUAGCAUAAGAAAUUAUGAGUCAGGUUACCCUUGGACGGUAUGACACGAAAUCCUUUUACCAAUGAAUUGGGUCAAUAACAGAAGCACACACUAAUGUGAUAAAUGAUGGAAGCACAAGUUUCUUAUAACAUCUGUCUGUAGCUCGAUUUGUCCUAUUAUGAGACUUGAGUAACAGCAUUGUUGUUGCUGUUGCUGUGUGUUUUUUUAUGGAGAUUGUUCUACAGGAUGUAAAAUGUCUAAGAAAAAAUUGAUUCAUUUUUGUUCAGUUUUUUUUACAGACCGAAUAUGGGGUACUUGCUCUCUAAGUUAUUUUAAUUUGGACUGGUUAACAUGGACUAAGUAGAUUUAAAAAUCGUAUUGUUUGAGAAACAUUUGGUUGUUUAAUUUUCAUUUGGCUUUGCGACUGACUGAUUUGAAGCACCAUCUAAUUGGACUGCUAUGGAUAGCAGCUGACAACAAAUAAGAGAUAUUGAAAAACAAGACUGACUCAAGCAUUUAUAUUUGAUGCCAAUAAAAGAAUAAUAGGCUUGAAGCCUUACCAAUGCUAAUGUACCCAUAUUUAACACGAGGAAAGAAUGGAAUUCACCAUUUCCAUUUACACAUAGACCAUAAUGCACCUUGUGUCCUCCCCCAAGAAAACCAAACAAACAAAAAAACCAAACUUUGUCUGACCAUUGUUUUCGAUUUCUCCUGGGACGACUGUAAUACCCAGGAGAAUUAGAAACAAUAGCAUGCAAAAUUCUGGGGGGUAAACAAGGUGCAUUAUGGUCUAUGUGAAAGUAUAAAUACAUUAAGCGAAGUGUUGUCUUUUUUCAUGGAAAAUAAGGUGGCAAACGGUGCAUGAUACUGUAUAGCCCACUUUAACGGGAAAGGUUUUUUUUUUCUUUUUAAAAAAUCCAGUAUCUAUAAGCUGAAAGAUAAUAACGUGUAACUAAAAUUGAUCCCAUUUUCUACGUUUAUGACGAAAGCGUUGUAAUAAAACAAUUCAGAAAAAAGUGACAGUUAGUGUUGAUUCCCAGUAUAGCGUAAUUUUUCUGUGUGUACGUGCGUAAAAUUUACGUUCGCAAAUAAAAUAGAGGCAAUGCAUGAAAGGUCGCUCGUUAGCGUAAAAUUUGAACCUCGCUUAACUUCUCGUUUAAGGUCAGCACUUUUUAAUAUCGCUAUUCUCGACUGUGUUACUUCGUAAAAAUAGUGUUUUAAGUAUUUAGCUUUUGUGGGAACACGAAUUCUGCAUACUGAGUGGUAUGCGAAAACGUCUGCAAGAAACAUAAUAUUUCACUGACGUAUUUCUUCACUUCCAUUAAACUGAAGACGUCAAGUACUCUCGCUUUUAAAAAUCACGUGACUUUCUCCUUUUUGAAAUGACAGACGCAAGUAAGCGUUCUAUGAACAAUUUGAUAGAGGCUAUUUCAUGGAGGGUAUUAAAAUUAUCAUGUUUUUGAAAUGUGCAACAAAAGGCGAAGUCAAGGUUUCCUUAGCAUGCCUUCCAGUAUUGACAGGAAUGCAAAAAUAUGAUUUAAAACAAGGCUAGAAUAGACACAAAGAACACCUGGUAAUGACGAUAACAUGUCAAGAAAUGGGACGAGAAAAAAAUUAACUUGAACUUGACAAAUUUUUAUUGUCUUCCGGAGAAACAUCAAUAAACAAAAUAAGAACUGUGUCAGUUGCAGGUGUUACUCUGUAUUAUAAAAGUUCAAAUGAAUUAAUGUGUAGAUUAUAGUACUGAAGGAUAUAGCCCAAAAACGGCAGAAGAACUUUCGAUUCAACAGGCGCCUCAAUCUUGAACAGACGUGCGAAAAAAAAAGGAAAAUAACGGACAGCCAAGGUAACACUUUUUCCUUUCUGAAAUUUCUUUGCUUGAUGUUUUUCUCCAGAGGCUUUGCCAGUCUCUUUAUUCACAAGGCAGAAGGGCUUUUCAUAGAUUGAAAUUUUACAAGUGUUUCAAGGUUUUCUGAAAACCUUGUCCUAAUGUACUUAAGUUAACGAGAAGUACGUAUCUCUGGUAUCUCGCAAACCCUCGUGAAAGAAGUUACGUUGAAAACUGGUUGGGUGACCAGCCGGGAUUGAUCGAGUACCGAGCUGAAACCAGUCUUUGAUCUAUCGGUUGGGAAAGAACCAGGACUAAAGAACCAAUUCAAUGCGGGUUUGCCUCGGUGUGUGACAUGAAUUGGGAGGUGGAUUUCAGGAAAAAGCAAGGUUUAAAACGAAGUAACGAGCUUGAAUUAUUCAGUUGACUUGAGAAAUUAAGCUCUGGCUGCUAAACAAAUCAACUAUGAUGGAAUAAUCGAUUUCCUUCGGCUUUGCCAAAAUUCUGAUCUAACUCCUGCAUUUGCUAAGAUCCUCCGAACAGUUUGCCAGAAAUGUCAUCGGGAAAUCGGGAAAAACUGCGUAACAAAUCCAAGAAGAAUAUCACUCUAACGAAUCAACGGAAUCUACAGUAAAAUUCAUCAGAACAUCUCCUCUUCCCAUUACCCAUAUGUUGUUAACGAUGGCGUUGCUACGUAAAAAGACCUAUCAGAAAAUGGCAGAGGAAAACGCACAAAAAAAUGCACAGUUGCUGUGCGGGGAUAUUGAUGUGGAUGAACACAUACAGAACAUAUCAUAUCAUCGAGAUUAAACACUUCGAAAUCAAUGAAAAUAUUUUUCUUGUCUCAGUGCCGGUUUCACAAAUGCACCGUUAAGGUGGAUUUCGACUGUCGCGUAAUUUUUUACGCGCGUAUUGAAGUAUUAGAGACCUUUGGCAUCAGGCAAACCGCAAACCGCAAACCGAAGUUUGCAGUUACGCGUUGCCGAGAUUUCAAGUUUUAGCAAGGCGUUCAGUUCAGUUCAGUUCAGUUCAUUUUUAUUUACCCAAAAUAUAAUACAAUACAAGAAUACAUAUAGAAAUUGUAAGGUGGCAAGGGAGCCUAGAAGAAACCAGAAGGCUUAUGAAGCCUGGGCUCCCCAGUCUCAAAGAAAUAAGCAAAAUAAAAUGAAAUUCGCGGAGUGAUACGUUGAAAAUAGGAACUAAACAGAGACUGAUGAGUUAAGUUAUGAAUUCAGUAACAAGAUAGAAAAAAAAUUUCAACUCUGGAUUGGAACAGAAUACUUUCUUUUGUUAGUACGGCAGAAAGGAAUAUAACAUCGAUUUGAACUACGCGUUCAUUGUUUAGGGCCGCCAUGUUGUUUUCAUCAAGUCGAAGUGCAUCACUUUAAUCGCCCAAAAAUCAGCAAUAAUUCAUUGAUUCGAGAUCAAAAAUCCAACAAACACAUCGCAAACGGAUAUAAAAAGCUAGUUCAUACCUUUAAACGCGAGGCUGUACAAUUUUUUGUCGCAAAAACCUUGCCGUAAAUGUAUGGCUCUUAGAGUUUAUAGCACUCCUUACUACUUUAACUUACUGUAUUUGUUUCUUAUUUUGGCAUCCUCGUCCUUUCUACAUUAGAAUAUGCUUUAUUUAUCCGGCGGCUGAAUUUGUGUUUGUAUAUAUUGCGUCUAUAGUGGUUUAUUGGCCAACUUUCAGCUUGAUGUUCUUAAUACACUUGUCCCUAUAUGCGGGUGUUUACCGUACCCUUAAAUCUGAAUCUGAAGGAAAUACAUUAAACUACUCGCGAUCUGAUCAUGCAUGAUUCCGCUUAACGCCGGCGAGGAAAAACCACCCCUACCACCCCUACCACUUACAAACCUUCUCAGUUAUAGGUCCAUUUCCUGGAUAUAAGCUGUAAGCUAGUUAUAGGCUAUCUCCCGAAAUACAAGUCCCCCCGGAUAUAGGCCCCACUCUAGUACUGAAACAAGACGCUACGGAGCGUACACUUCGGCGUCGUGGUUGUGGAACUAAUUAUUUGUAAAUGCGGAGGAAUAGUAAGAAAUCAAAUAUGGUGAGAGUAAGGUGUUAAUUUGUGAAAUUAUGGGAUCUGUCAGGAUAUUCUGAAAAGAGCAACAUCCAAGAGACCUACUUGCCAAAAACUAGCAUUUCGGGACAAAUUGUCUCCGAGAAAUUAGCCCAGUAAUGCUGUGAUGAUUCCAUACAAAUCCUUCUAAUAAAACAAUUCUCUAUUUUCUUAGUCACAUCAGGCUUCAAAAACAGCAUAGCAGUCUCAUGUACUGAUUAACCCAUUCGCUCCUGGAGAUUUUGCCGAAAAACGCGUUUUGAAGCUAGUCGAGUGGUUUUCUGGUCACUGUCGUGCUAUAAAGAGCUAAAACUUACCACAAACCGGUUUACAGGUCGUACACUUGGCGGCCUUCUGAUCCAGAUGCAAAAUAUCAGCUUGCGAAGUUCGGGCAUGCGCAAAAAGUGACACAGCAGUCUUGACUUUUACUUUUCGCUUUCUCUCCUCCCUUCUUUUUUCGCUUUUCUUGCCUCAUUUUUAUUUCUCUUGCUGGGCAUUUAGUAGGCUUCAUUUUGGUGGGAAGAGUUUUUAGGAAAGCUUUUAGGAUCUUAGGAUUAGGUGAAAGGAAAGGUAGGUGGGUAAUGGUACAAGAUUUUCAUGAGGAUUUUCAGGUCCUUGUCACGUGGUUUUAUACUUCUUUCUCCGGUGUCCUUGACUGAAUUGUGCUCAUUCUGGUAUGGUUUAAAAGAUCUCUUCACUCUGCACAAGUUAGCGAAGAAAGUUGUCCUUGACCGUUACAACUGAUGACGUCACAAAGGGUAGAAAGGACCUGGAUCCGCACGGGCGGUUACGGGCGGUUCAGGGACGAAUGGGUUAAAGAUAUGUAAGGCAUGGGUAAGGAGUCAAUUACGUUGAGCAUGGAAUUGGCUAAAACUCAAAGUCACGAGUUCGAAUGUUUUGAGGAUAAUUAUUCACUGACUAUCAGCACGCAGGGAUGUCGGAUUCACACAAGGAAGUUUAACACCAAAGGAACAUAGCCUUUACAGAGCUUUAAAACACAGCAUCCACCAACAAAAACUUGACUUGAACUUUGAGUAAAACUAAACAGCCUCUACCAAUAAUAACAAACUCUGACUUGAACUUCAGAUAUCUUACGGCUUCCGCGAACUUGUAAACACAAUACCUGAAAAUCGAUCUUCGUCACACUUGACUAAACACAGCAGUCCAGCUCGUGGGAAAAAACUUAGUUCUUCAAAAGAACUCGCUUGGAACUUGUAUACCGUUUGACGUAAGGUUCUAGAAAAUACUUAACAGCAGGCGAAUAGUAGUAGCUUUUCGACAUAUUUUAUGAUUUCAGUAACUGAUGCAAAUCUGCUGACUCAUGCUGAAAUGUAAACAUGCCCUAAUUAAUUAUUCAUGGCUAAUCUAAAAACGUAGAGAACGUUCGAGAAAGUUACGCAACGCAUGAAAGCAAUUUUACUACGUAACACUCAACAAAGACAAAAUGUCUUUGUGCAGCAUUUUCUAACUUUAAAUUCAUCAUAAAACAGUUCUAAAGGAGGGCUCACUCGUGAAAUGUUUUUCAACACUCGAGGAGAAAUUUCGUGUCUCUGCGCGGCCACGAAAUAUCCUAUAUUUAUUCCUCGAGUAAUUAAAGACUAAACUCGAAGUGAUCUCAAGAUAUCACGAAGUAGUCCGGUCUCAUUUCGUGAAAUAGUUGAAACAAGCCGAAAAGUCACGAACUUGCACGCCCAAUCUUGUACCGAAACUAGUGCAUCAUUUCAUAACUAUUUUUCAUAUCCCAACCUACCUUGGGUCGCAGUAGCGCAAUUGGUUAAUCCCUCAACUUAGAGUCUCCUCUGAUCUGACGGGUCACACAGGUGAGUCGGUUCAAACCCCGGGAAAGCCAAAAUAAUAAUUUUUUCUUCCUCGAAAAAGUUAAAGAAUAAAUCAAAGAAAUCGAAGUGAUCUGGAGAUAUCUCGAAUUAAUUCGGCUCUCACUUCGUCAAGUAGCCGAAUAAAACCGAAAACCUACAGACUUUGCAUUCCCAAUCUUGUCAAAAAAUUGUAACUUUGAUACAUUCCUGAGCGUCGCGAAACCUUUACUUCGCGCUCCGCCGAAGUAAUAAAUCCGAUUUAUCAUGACGUUCUGAAGCUUAAUGAAAAACCUGUACGCGCCAAACGUAAUUUAAUCAGUACUGCCAAAGCUUGUUUCGAAGUGCUUUUUAAAAUUUCGGGUGUAAGCCCCUUCGGAUAUAAGCCCUCCCGUUUAAGGCCCUCACGAAGAAGAUGUAGAAGCCCAGGGCCUAUGAGCCGAGAGCAGUUAACGGUAUUCUAUUGUGGCUGUAUUAGUUCUCUUCCUGGGUGAUAACAAAAUAACUCUCAGUUAAACAAAAUUCGCUUUGUUCUUACUAGUUUGAAGUUAAUUAUUGAUUAGUGAGCGUAACUACAUUUCCAUUUUACCGUUAAAUAUGUCGGCUUGACACUGUUGAUAUCACUUAUACAUGGCUUUAAUCACAUGGAGACAAAUAUUAACUACAUGAACUGCGGUUCUUUGCUUUUCAUUCGCAUCUCCGGAGCUUCUUUCACACGAUCAUCUAAUUAUUUUGCAGUGUGAAGAAAAUUUAGAACUUUACUUGUUUAAUAUAUUCUAAUUUUUGGCAGCGAAAAGAAUAAUAAUAAUAAAAAGCAACAUGAAUGCGAUUAUAAUCACUGAUCAGCUCAGCUUGCUAGCAGAUUGCAUUCUUUCGGUAAUGAUUAAUUGAAUGCAGAGAACAAGCAUCCUAUCAUGAAGGUUUGCGUCAUGUAAUAUCUAGAAAUUAAAUUAUUUAAAAAUUUUACCAGAUGUGUUUUUUCCUUCAGAGCAGACGACUACUUGACGAAAGAGAAGAGAUCUUCUGAGUUUGUAGUUUCGCGGAUGAGCAUGGAACCUACAGGUAAUUACAGGUUUAUACCCUUAUAAUUAUCCAAGUAGAAUACAGAUAGUUUCCUUACACUAGAAAGCUUAUUCCCUCAGUAACCUUCUUUACAGAGGAUACACUCAAGAGCCUUAUCGAAAACCUGAAACCAGUUAAAGCAGUUAAACGCUGACUGGCCUUAGUCAAAAUAUAACAAAAUUUCUUAUAUUCAUUUUGUAAAACGACGCAUAAUGGAUAGCACCAUGCCAUGUGAAAGUACAGCCAAAGAGGUUUCAUUGAAUGAUGUUCACGCCACAGGAUUUAGUCCACAGUGUCAAAAGUUACCUUACGAGACUCCAUCACUUUGACUAAUUGGUAGCUGUCAUAGGUGUGAAAUAAACUUCUGUCAUACGACUGAAUAGGUACAAAGGAGAAUAAUGGCUCCUAUUAUUCGCUUUUGCAGGCCCGUAGCAAGCCUUUAGAAACUUGGGGGGGGGGGAGGGCAGAAAGAUUUUAGGUAGCUCAUUGUGUUUGAAAAGCAGAGGGUUUUCGGUCCGGAGGACCCAUUGAACUGGUCUUUGUAUCUUACAACCAGAAAAUGUUUCACCUAGCUGCAGAGACAUAAUUGUUUGGCAAUGCCCUGGGAGAUGAUUUUUUAUAUUCAACUUUUAAGCGCGCAUGUUUUGACCUUUUGGGGCAUAUAAACUAGAGGGGGGGGGGGGGGCACGGGUUCAAUGCCCUGGGAGAUGAUUUUUUAUAUUCAACUUUUAAGCGUGCAUAUUUUGACUUUUUGGGGCAUAUAAACUAAGGGGCGGGCACGGGUCCCCCGGUACCUCCUCAUGCUACGGCCCUGCUCUUGAUACAUAUCGCCUCAACCCUUUUACUCUUAGAGUGAAAGUACUUAAUUAUCUUCUCCCGUUGAGGGGCUACUUACGGAUAAUGAAACAUAAUUAGGUCACUGAAACAUAAAAGGAAUCCCAGCUGGUACAUUGGCUAUUUUACAAACGUGGCGGAGGAUGUAAACUUCGAACAACGGAGAACAAAUCCAGCUGGCGGUCAGGGCGAGAUUCAGUUGCACUCGGGGCCCCUGGAUUCCAAAUUCAGCGUUCUAACCACUCUUUAUUGGGUCGUUCUGAAUGAUAUUGGAAAUUUUUGUGGAAUUGUUGCUUUGGUCACGUCAGGGAGUUUUGGUUACACGGUUACACAAUUAGGGGGUAAUACGGUAUUUAGAUUUUUCCAAGGCCAAAAGCGAAGCUCUCGUGGGAUCUUUUAAGAAAUGUUUUUCUCCAGUAAUUCAACUUUUGCCAUAAACAAGAAGUUAACUGAACUCCUCCUGAAAAAAAUGGACCUGAGCUUGUGGUCAAUUGAAAACAUAACUGGUCAGCGGAGAACUAUAGGAAAUCACGUCCCCUCAAUGAGGUGUUCACUAGAGCCCGCGAUACAGUCAUAUGACAAUGGACAGCGGUUACCUUUUUAGACAGCUGUCAAUAGGCCUUCUGCAAGGUUUAUGACAUAUCACAAGAAUCUGUUAUUCAGUUGUCUUCCAAUGGUAAUAGCCUGAUUUAGCAACAGAGCGGGAACGUCAGUUGACGACGGUGCGCGCAAAUCAAACAACUCGUUUGACCAAUGGCAGAGCGGCAAAAGGGGCACCGGAAGUCGAGUUUAGUCCUUUCCGCGCGCUUUCCCGUAGUCAAAUGACGUUCCCGUUCUGUUGCUAAAUCAGCCUAAUACUUAGAUUCCCCCCCCCACCCCCCACUUCUUGAGCAUUAUUAGGGUACGUUCGAUUGUUCGUAUUUCGGAAUACGAAUAAGCUAAAGCUUUGUUACAAACCUCUUGCACCAUACUUCUUGGACUACUGAAAGCUACAUUACAUCGAAAUAUUUUAUUUCAGCACAUUUCUAGAUGUUGCAUUGCAAUGAAUGGCAAAACAAAUACGGUCAAUAGAUCAUACCCUUAGUAAGUACUGUUUAGGAAAAACACUUUUAGGUUGAUAUGCCAAUCUCACCUCUAAUCAAGUAGUAUGGCUUCUAAUAAUACUCUUUUCUUCACAGAAUCGGUGUUUCCUAACAUUACCAACAACGCCACGGAACCUGGCAGUGGAGGUUCGUAUUCCAUACCUCCAAACAUUCAAAUCGGAGUCACCAUAUUUGCAGUAUUGAUUUUUAUCUUUGCGCUGAUCGGUAACAUUGUGGUAAUUUACAUUGUCUGCACGGUAAACCACAUGCGCAGCUCAACCAACACCCUCAUCGCCAACAUGGCCGUUGCUGAUCUGUUGAUGACCAUAGACAUACCGUACAUACUUAAAUUUUUCUACGUCCGCGAUAAAUGGUUUGGAACCUUCAUGGGCACCGUUUUAUGCAAGUUUUUUCACUCUGCUCAAGUGGGAUCUCUAAUAGCCUCCGUGUUUAGUUUAGUGGCAAUUUCUCUGGAUCGAAGUUUUGCUAUCUUGUUUCCUAUGAAGACGGUUAUGACUAGGAACGUUGUACGUUUCGCGAUCGCCAUGGUCUGGCUGGGAGCGCUGGCUUUCUCACUUCCAGUCAUGGUGGUAUCUAAAACUGCACAAUUGGAAGGCACGAAUUUUUUGAGUUGCGCAGAGUUUUGGGCGCCCACGUCGGCAAACACUUUCUUCCUAGUUCUAAUUAUAGGUGGGUACAUCAUUCCACUGAUAAUCAUCGCCUUUGUCUACAGUCUAGCAGGGAUACGUCUCUGGAGUAGACAACUUCCUGGCCAUAGGAAUUUGGUCUCAAACAAAAAAGCACAGUCGUCCAGCAGGCGUGCAACAGCUAUGUUGAUAACUGUAGUUAUUGUCUUCGCCCUGUCUUGGCUGCCUUUUCAAGCUUUGGAGAUGCUUCGUCAGUACAACAGACCACUGUUUGAUUCACUUCCGAUUGAGUUACUGUACACCACACCUUGGUUUGGUUACGCUAACAGUGCUAUUAACCCAAUCCUUUAUGUGAUAUUCUCUGAGAAUUAUCGUCAGGAGUUUUACCGCAUUCUGUGUCGAGGUCCAACCAGGAAGGACCGCUACAGAAGGACAAUCAUAAGCCGAAGUACCACUACUAGAUCAACUCGUCUGUCACGUGCAAGCUCAUUGGCUGUAAGCAUUCCGCUUCAAAAGCUUAGAGAGGAAGCGAAUUAUAGACGACAAGGCCCUGAGUCACCCUAAUAUAGUGCCGCAAUAUUCUGACCCCAAGGCAUGAGAACUUGAUAAGCUUUGUAACAUCUUGACCAAGACUCAAAAAGAAUCGUGACACCAGUAAUUUCAGACUCCUAUUGUCACUUGAAAGAACAAUUUUCCAGAACGCUCAACUUUUCGUUCAACUUUUCGCUCACUAAGCAAGUCUGUAGCGCUGCUUUGCGCUGCAUUUAAAAAAGACAAGCGCCCAAACGACGCCUAACAUUAGGGCGGAUCAAGAAAAUGUUGGUAAGGGGUUCCAGUUAGUGCACACGGUUGGAGCCAACACUUUACACCCUUGCACUCGUUAUGUAUUAUUCUCUACUUUGAAUGACUUUGCUGUCAUGACACGUUUCCACAGUACAUGUGACAACAGCGAAAACGCCACCAAAAAGUAAGUUCGUGUUCUUUCAAACCUCAUCGCAAUUAUUCCAACUUGUUCACCUCGUCUAAUGUAGGCGAAUUCUCCUGGAUUUGAAUUCGUAACAACCUCAUCCCAGUACCGGUUCCCAGAGGAGAGAGGAGUUAUCGUACUUUGUUCACGUCCUCCAUGAAAAGAUGUCACUACAGCGACGGCAACGAGACGUCAAAUCACGCCCUGAAUCACCCUGAAAUCGUGCCGCAAUAUCCUGACGCCAAGACAUGAUAACGUGAUUUAGCAGCCUGCCACAAGACCCAAGCUUUGUAACAUCUUGACCAAGAUACAAAAGGCACCAGUCGUUUCAAGAGGCUGUAACUCAGGCUGUCACUAAGUAAAUCUGUAGCGCUGCAUUUAAUUUUCUUUUCGCUUUUUUAAAGCCAGUUUUUCGUCGUCGUCGUCGUCGUCCUUGCUUGAGGUUAUGUUUACGGGACCAUUGGCAAGGAAGAUUUUGUAUCUCAACACAAAGUUCCAACACUAUUGCCUUGUUAUAGGAAAACAUUUAUCUCAUGUUGUGCGGUGGCAAAUACGAACAAGACGAACAAGAGUCCCAAGGUAGAAAGACAUUUUCUAUUUAAACUACUGAAAACCAAGUGGACGAAGGUUGUCUAACUGAAUGAAGGUUUCCCAUCAGAUCCAUUAGACCUAUUAGGCUACGACACACCGAUGACGUCACUAAAACUUUUUUAUGUUUUGUCCAACACAAUUUUACGUCAUCUGUAAUGUGUUACUGAACAAACACACGGCAAUAUUGAAUCUAUUUGCUGAAUAGGUGACAAUUUUCCGUGGCCUUGCUAGAAAAUAGCAAAUGGAAAUUUUUUGUCGAUUUCUUAAAUAGACCACUGAACGAAAUCCACACUGCAACGCAUGCGCAAUAGGUAACAAGGGGUGCGCACCAUUUACACAAUCCACCCGAGUGGAAAUCUUGUACAUAAACAGUAUAAAAUUUUACAUGUUGGGAGAACGACCCGCUACAAGGUACAUCCAAAUCAGCUGAACAGACUAAAACUAAGAGGGGGAAAAUAAAUUCGCCUUAAAUCACAGCCCAUAUUUUCUGAAGCUUCCCAAACGGAAUGGCGCGAACCAUUUGAUUUUCAAACCGGAAUUUCCGGUUUUCCCACGUACACGGUAAGUACCCCAGCAUUCAGUUCGAAUUCAGUUUUCCGAUCCGUAACAGCAAUCUGAGGAACAGCAGCGGUUAAGUAAGAACAGAAUCAAAUCGGUAUUGUGGUCAAGUAAUGUAAAUGUGAGAGCUUUAGUGAUGCAUUAAUGUUGUUUAGUUUAAGAAAGUUUUUCACGGAAGGUAUCUAAUCUCUUUGUGGCAGUAGGAUUGACGAGAUAAACAGACGCAAAAAGCAAAAAAGUGGUCAGUUUUGAAAGCUUAAAUUUUAUUUGAUUUAUUAAGACUAUGUAGGUGUAAACAGAGAUUAGAAAUAGAAUUAAAGAUUGAUGUUGAAUGAAUGUAAUGGAAGAUAAUAAAUACGUGGUACGAUUGACAAAAGACGUAAUCUAUUAUUGACAACUUCUCCCUGGAGAGUUUCCAUAGGAAACUGGGAGGGACGCCCCUCCUGUUAUUUUCUAGGGGCGGGGGUGGGGAGCGGCGGCGAGGACAUGAUAUACGUGGGCUCGAUUACUAGCCAUUGUUCGGCAAAUGAACCCGCGCUACCAGAAACCGGACCCACGACAGUGGCGGAAAUCGAACCUAGAUUCUACGAAGAAAGUGGAGUGUAGAAAUAACCAAUUUUUUUUGUAGAUGCACAUCCAUGGCCAGUUAUAUGCACCAGCCAACGAGCAAGCUCUUCCCCAGUUCGAGUUGCAAGUGAAGCAAGCCGCAAGACAACGCGCGAGCGAGCGACCCCAUUCAGCCCUUCACACUUGAUCUGCCGUCUCAGUUUUGAGUGCCUUGUGACUUCUCAUCCCCCAUAUGGGGAGUUUGUUCGCAGGGUUUGUGUGCACUUGCUGCCUGCCACGAAAGUGCCAUUAACUUUGUCUUAUUAUUUCAAACCCCAAAAAACACGAACUACGAAAAUAUUUUUUUUUUUCCGUUCACGGGGAAAAAAAAAGGCAAGUUAAUACUGGCAUUCAAGAAUUUAGUAAAUACGAUUUGGCUCCUCUGUUACUUGAUUUAAUAUUUUAAAUUAUUGCUUUAAAACAUACAUACUAUCAAAAAGUUGGAUUUGAAAUAAGUAAAUAAAUAUUAAAGCAGCAAGCUAUUUUCUGUUGUCUUCUUUGCCUUUUUUUAGGCCGUUUAUGAUUCAACAUUUGUUCAUUCUAACCACAUUUUAAGCUAAGGAAAAAUAAUAUACCUUCUCUAAAAAAAAACGGGGCUCAAAUAGAACGCAAGUUCAGAGUCCACCGGGUCAACUGGGCCAGCUUUGAAAUAAAUUUUGGGGUGAUACAGAAUUGAAGAACAGAGCUCAAUCUUGUUUUCAAUGAUGGCUUGCCUUGUUACAAACGCGAUCUUUAAAAUGAAGCUUCGGCCAGUCCUUUCCCACUUUCGAUGAAAAAUGUGUGUGCUGUUAAAUCGCCGCUGAAGGGCUAAAUCUUUGUAAAUAGAAAUGUAUAAUAAACAGGUAGACCCUUGGUAUAAACGUAGGACAAGAAUAUCGUAAGAAAAUUGGCUAACAUUAACAAGUAACAUGCCAUUCUACUUAAGCUUUAAGCACAGCGUCCGAGUAAAAAUUGUGAGGCGGUAGUUCUGCUUUUGUUAAGAUAUCUGUGGAUGCUUGAAAGAAAUCCUCUGAAACUCGUGGGUUCACAUGGUCGGAGCCAUCUUUUUUUCCAACUCCAAAGGUGGUCGUUCAGAAGUUGGGGUGAAGAGAUGUUGGAGAACUAACUGCAAGCCAGCGUUUGAUGUCUGAAUGAAAUUAUUGAAUAACUCAACGUCGUACACAGUUUUCCUCUUUGUAUUCGGAUUUUCUUGUUCUUCUACGAAUUUGAUCACUUCCUCUUCUCUGAUCCCGACAAACCAGCUUGUCCCCAUUUUAUAAAUAAUUUAAAACUUAACUUCGACUCGUGAAAACUGCGAAAGGAACAAACAACGAAAAACCACAAGUGCUUGACAGCACGGGAAAAUACUGUGAGCUGAUUGGCCAAAAAGGAUAUUACACACGCGUAGAUAGAAAUGAUAUCACCACUAGCUAGAUAGCGCAUUUAUCUUUUUGCUACCACUUGGUAUAACCGUUAUCAUUUAUUUAAUAAAAGCGAUUAUGUAGUACUAUUAUGUGGAUCUUAGAGGGUGUUAUAUUCCUCACACUCAGCCUCAUCCUGUGGUUGUUUCAGUUGUUUGUUUAAGAAACCGACGAGCAUCGCGUGGGUUUUUUACUGCAUUGACUUAGUCUCAAGAAUAAUUGUCGGGGACUGUUAGGUACAUUUUUUUUCCUACACCACCUGCAUGCAUUCUCUAAAGUAAACGGGUGGGUCUUUUCCACUAUUAGUGCGCGCGUUUUAGAUCAAGUAAAGACCAACAACACAGUUUUUAUUUCAAACUGACGUUGGUGCAUUAGCAUGUUGAGGGCCGCGGAAUUUGAGGUAGAAUAUUCCAGGUUCUUUAGUUCAGCAUAAUAUAUAUUUUUCCGAUAAAAUUUACAGACGAAUGUAUGGUAAAUGAAAAAUACAAUCGUACUAUAGUUCGCGCGUAAGUUAAAUUGGUCUCCCCAAUAUCUAUAAAGCUCUAUCCUAGUUUGUAAACUAAGUUUGAUAACCACCCUAAGGAAAUCUCCUUUCAACAAGCGAAAAUCGAUAUGUAAAAACGAGCCAAUGAGUAAUUCAAAAAAAGUCAAAACUUUUAUGAAUUGACUUUAAUCUUUCGUUGCAUUUUUCAAUCUCUGAUCUUUUUGUCUACCCUAUAAAAUUAGGUAUGUCUAUUUCUCCAAUGAGCUAUAAAGGCCUUAUCAUUUACCUUAUUAUUUUUUCAGUUCAUACUUUUCCGUGACAAUUUUAUCUUUUAUGAAAAUCAUUGACAGUCUAUCAAAGGGGAAGUUAAACUUAAGCUUUGAUAAAGUUACGGUAAUAGUACCGUGUGACGUACUCGACCAAUUAGAAAUUAUGAGUCAGGUUACCCUUGGACGGUAUGACACGAAAUCCUUUUACCAAUGAAUUGGGUCAAUAACAGAAGCACACACUAAUGUGAUAAAUGAUGGAAGCACAAGUUUCUUAUAACAUCUAUCUGUAGCUCGAUUUGUCGUAUUAUGAGACUUGAGUAACAGCAUUGUUGUUGCUGUUGCUGUGUGUUUUUUUAUGGAGAUUGUUCUACAGGAUGUAAAAUGUCUAAGAAAAAAUUGAUUCAUUUUUGUUGAGUCUUUUUUUACAGACCGAAUCUGGGGUACUUGCUCUCUAAGUUAUUUUAAUUUGGACUGGUUAACAUGGACUAAGUAGGUUUAAAAAUCGUAUUGUCUAAGCAACAUUUGGUUGUUUAAUUUUCACUUGGCUUUGCGACUGACUGUUUUGAAGCACCAUCUAAUUGGACUGCUAUGGAUAGCAGCUAACAACAAAUAAGAGAUAUUGAAAAACAAGAGUGACUCAAGCAUUUAUAUUUGAUGCCAAUAAAAGAAUAAUAGGCUUGAAGCCUUACCAAUGCUAAUGUACCCAUAUUUAACACGAGGAAAGAAUGGAAUUCACCAUUUCCAUGUACACAUAGACCAUAAUGCACCUUGUUUCCUCCCCCAAGAAAACCAAACAAACAAAAAAACCAAACUUUGUCUGACCAUUGUUUUCGAUUUCUCCUGGGACGACUGUAAUACCCAGGAGAAUUAGAAACAUUAGCAUGCAAAAUUCUGGGGGGUAAACAAGGUGCGUUAUGGUCUAUGUGAAAGUAUAAAUACAUUAAGCAAAGUGUUGUCUUUUUUCAUGGAAAAUAAGGUGGCAAACGGUGCAUGAUACUGUAUAGCCCAGUUUAACGGGAAAGGUUUUUUUUUCUUUUUUAAAAAAUCCAGUAUCUAUAAGCUGAAAGAUAAUAACGUGUAACUAAAAUUGAUCCCAUUUUCUACGUUUAUGACGAAAGAGUUGUAAUAAAACAAUUCAGAAAAAAGUGACAGUUAGGGUUGAUUCCCAGUAUAGCGUAAUUUUUCUGUGCGUACGUGCGUAAAAUUUACGUUCGCAAAUAAAAUAGAGGCAAUGCAUGAAAGGUCGCUCGUUAGCGUAAAAUUUGAACCUCGCUUAACUUCUCGUUUAAGGUCAGCACUUUUUAAUAUCGCUAUUCUCGACUGUGUUACUUCGUAAAAAUAGUGUUUUAAGUAUUUAGUUUUUGUGGGAACACAAAUUCUGCAUACUGAGUGGUAUGCGAAAACGUUUGCAAGAAACAUAAUAUUUCACUAACGUAUUUCUUCACUUCCAUUAAACUGAAGACGUUGUACUGUCGCAAUUUGUAAUAAUCAUCGCACUUUGUAAUACCUGUCGCGAUUUGUAAUAAAUCCAUCGCACUUUGUAAUACCUGUCGCAAUUUGUAAUAAACCGUGUCGCACUUUGUAAUAAAAAAGCUGUCGCAAUUUGUAAUAACAGUCCAUCGCACUUUGUAAUAAACUAAGCUGUCGCAAUUUGUAAUAAUUCCAUCGCACUUUGUAAUAAUUUUUUGAGAGUGAUUCAACUUACUUCGUCAACAUUAAUAUAAUGCCAAAAUAUGCAUGGUACUUCAUAAACAAAGAUGAUGACGUCUGCUAGCAUGUAACAUGUCCGUAACAUUUUCUUUGGUCAAACAUUCAUUUCUUCCGCUAUAAAUUUUUCUGCCUUGAUUAAUCACGUGACUAACUAGAAACGCUUUUUUAUGAAAGACAUGAAACUUCCUGUGACAUAUCACCAAAAAGAUAUGAAUCACGUUUAAAUUCAAAAAUAUUUAAAUAAGAAAGGCAACAUUUAACAACAGAAAAUUCAUGAAUAACCUGGCAUUCGUCGUCCAAAUCCAUGCUUGCUUGCCACGUGACACGUGAAGUCUUCGGCGGUUGUGGGGGGGUAAUCCCAUAUAUGGAUGGGCUAGAUAGGUAAGUACCGCCUGAUAGGGUAUGGUUUUUGAGGAUCUCGAGCCUUUAAUAGGGAAUCAUUUUUUGUGUUGUUGGCCUUGUGUCUUUGGUUUGAUCCUUAGAUAGGGUCAGGGAUAGGGUAACUCAAGUAGUAAUGGAUGGUUUAUUCCAUCCUUUCCAUUUUGCAGAAAAACAGUUAUCCAGAACACGCUCGGGAGAAUUGCAAGGUCUUACGAGUUGUAUAUACGCAGGGAAGGAUAAUUUUUUACCAUCCCCAUGGUAUUUGCUUUAGAGCACUCCUUACAGAAAACAAUAGUUUUAAGAUGAAAUGAGUACUCCUUUUGUUCCUAUAUGGGACCAAAUCAAGUGAGAAUAAUGGACCAAAUGCCCAGCCGGCUCAGUGUAAGACCCCAAGUGAGUGUUAUGAAAACAGGUACAUACGAAGGUAUUGGCCAGCGACUACUUGGAUUUUGUGUUCAGGUUUCUGUUGUGGUUCGAAGGUUUGCCACUGGUGACGUUUUUUUUUAUUUGCAGUAAACAUUUUGAAUCUUUCCAGGCCUCGUUUGAUUUAGUUGGCCAAAAUAUGGAAGCCACUAUUAAUUCUUUAAGAUUGCUCGUUAGACAAGAACGGUGUACCACGUGAUGUGUCAACCUGUUAUAAGAUCUAACAAGGAAAACUUGAACUCUCCUGGUGUCCUUAUUCGAAUGAUGUAGGAUGGAUGUUACGAUUAGCGGAAAUUAACCGCUUUUUAAUAAUGGCUUGUUUGUGUCUAGUGUGUCUAGCUCUGUCUAGAUCCUCUACUCUGGCAAUGCUCUGUCCAGAGACACAUCCCCGUAUUGGCCAUAUAAGGAAGUACACCGGCCGGGUAACCAUUGAAUGCAAGCCACCUAGUACAAUAGCAAGGUUCAAGAAUACAGCAUUUCGUAAGUCAGAUAACUAAUCAACAUUAAUCUAAAAAAAAUGUUUAGGACUGUGAAUAAAGUUAAAUGUUUGAAUGAGCGGAGAUGUUACGUGCUAGCAGACGUCACCUCCAUCUUUGUUUAUGAAGUACCAUGCAUAUCUUGGCGUUAUAUUAAUGUUGACGAAGUAAGUUUAAUUACUCUCAAAAAGUUAUUACAAAGUGCGAUGGGACUAUUACAAAUUGCGACAGCUUAGUUUAUUAGAAAGUACGAUGGACAGUUGUUACAAAUUGCGACAGCUUUUUUAUUACAAAGUGCGACACGGUUUAUUACAAAUUGCGACAGGUAUUACAAAGUGCGAUGAUUAUUACAAAUUGCGACAGUACAGACGUCAAGUACUCUCGCUUUUAAAAAUCACGUGACUUUCUCCUUUUUGAAAUGACAGACGCAAGUAAGCGUUCUAUGAACAAUUUGAUAGAGGCUAUUUCAUGGAGGGUAUUAAAAUUAUCAUGUUUUUGAAAUGUGCAACAAAAGGCGAAGUCAAGGUUUCCCUAGCAUGCCUUCCAGUAUUGACAGGAAUGCAAAAAUAUGAUUUAAAACAAGGCUGGGGGCGGAAUAGACACCAAGAACACCUGGUAUUGACGAUAACAUGUCAAGAAAUGGGACGAGAAAAAAAUUAACUUGAACUUGACAAAUUUUUAUUGUCUUCCGGAGAAACAUCAAUAAACAAAAUAAGAACUGUGUCAGUUGCAGGUGUUACUCUGUAUUAUAAAAGUUCAAAUGAAUUAAUAUGUAGAUUAUAGUACUGAAGGAUAUAGCCCAAAAACGGCAGAAGAACUUUCGAUUCAACAGGCGCCUCGACCUUGAAAAGACGUGCGAAAAAAAAAGGAAAAUAACGGACAGCCAAGGUAACACUUUUUCCUUUCUGAAAUUUCUUUGCUUGAUGUUUUUCUCCAGAGGCUUUGCCAGUCUCUUUAUUCACAAGGCAGAAGGGCUUUUCAUAGAUUGAAAUUUUACAAGUGUUUCAAGGUUUUCUGAAAACCUUGUCCUAAUGUACUUAAGUUAACUAGAAGUACGUAUCUCUGGUAUCUCGCAAACCCUCGUUAAAGAAGUUAGGUUGAAAACUGGUUGGGUGACCAGCCGGGAUUGAUCGAGUACCGAGCUGAAACCAGUCUUUGAUCUAUCGGUUGGGAAAGAACCAGGACUGAAGAACCAAUUCAAUGCGGGUUUGCCUCGGUGUGUGACAUGAAUUGAGAAGUGGAUUUCAGGAAAAAGCAAGGUUUAAAACCAAGUAACGAGCUUGAAUUAUUCAGUUGACUUGAGAAAUUAAGCUCUGGCUGCUAAACAAAUCAACUAUGAUGGAAUCAUUGAUUUCCUUCGGCUUUGCCAAAAUUCUGAUCUAACUCCUGCAUUUGCUAAGAUCCUCCGAACAGUUUGCCAGAAAUGUCAUCGGGAAAUCGGGAACAACUGCGUAACAAAUCCAAGAAGAAUAUCACUCUAACGAAUCAACGGAAUCUACAGUAAAAUUCAUCAGAACAUCUCCUCUUCCCAUUACCCAUAUGUUGUUAACGAUGGCGUUGCUACGUAAAAAGACCUAUCAGAAAAUGGCAGAGGAAAACGCACAAAAAAAUGCACAGUUGCUGUGCAGGGAUAUCGACGUGGAUGAACAAGUACAGAACAUAUCAUAUCAUCGAGAUUAAACACUUCGAAAUCAAUGAAAAUAAUUUUCUUGUCUCAGUGCCAGUUUCACAAAUGCACCGUUAAGGUGGAUUUCCACUGUCGCGUAAUUUUUUACGCGCGUAUUGAAGUAUUAGAGACCUUUGGCAUCAGGCAAACCGCAAACCGCAAACCGCAGUUUGCAGUUACGCGUUUGCAGUUUCGCGUUGCCGAGAUUUCAAGUUUUAGCAAGGCGUUCAGUUCAGUUAAUUUUUAUUUAGCCAAAAUAUAAUACAAUACAAGAAUACAUAUAGGAAUUGUAAGGUGGCAAGGGAGCCUAGAAGAAACCAGAAGGCUUAUGAAGCCUGGGCCCCCAGUCUCAAAGAAAUAGGCAAAAUAAAAUGAAAUUCGCGGAGUGAUACGUUGAAAAUAGGAACUAAACAGAGACUGAUGAGUUAAGUUAUGAAUUCAGUAACAAGAUAGAAAAAAAAUUUCAACUCUGGAUUGGAACAGAAUACUUUCUUUUGUUAGUACGGCAGAAAGGAAUAUAACAUCGAUUUGAACUACGCGUUCAUUGUUUAGGGCCGCCAUGUUGUUUUCAUCAAGUCGAAGUGCAUCACUUUAAUCGCCCAAAAAUCAGCAAUAAUUCAUUGAUUCGAGAUCAAAAUCCAACAAACACAUCGCAAACGGAUAUAAAAAGCUAGUUCAUACCUUUAAACGCGAGGCUGUACAAUUUUUGUCGCAAAAAAACCUUGCCGUAAAUGUAUGGCUCUUAGAGUUUAUAACACUCCUUACUACUUUAACUUACUGUAUUUGUUUCUUAUUCUGGCAUCCUCGUUCUUUUUACAUUAGAAUAUGCGCUAUUUAUCCGGGGGCUGAAUUUGUGUUUGUAUAUAUUGCGUCUAUAGUGGUUUAUUGGCCAACUUUCAGCUUGAUGUUCUUAAUCCACUUGUCCCUAUAUGCGGGUGUUUACCGUACCCUUAAAUCUGAAUCUGAAGGAAAUACAUUAAACUACUCGCAAUCUGAUCAUGCAUGAUUCCGCUUAACGCCGGCGAGGAAAAACCUUUUGAUUAGACUAAAAAAAUGCCUUAAACUGUCGCUUUCAACCCCCUCCCCCCACCCCUACCACUUACAAACCUUCUCAGUUAUAGGUUCAUUUCCCGGAUAUACGCUGUAAGCUAGUUAUAGGCUAUCUCCCGAAAUACAAGUCCCCCCGGAUAUAGGCCCCACUCUAGUACCGAAAUAAAUCCGAUUUAUCAUGACGUUCUGAAGCUUAAUGAAAAACCUGUACGCGCCAAACGUAAUUUAAUCAGUACUGCCAAAGCUUGUUUCGAAGUGCUUUUUAAAAUUUCGGGUGUAAGCCCCUUCGGAUAUAAGCCCUCCCGUUUAAGGCCCUCACGAAGAAGAUGUAGAAGCCCAGGGCUUAUGAGCCGAGAGCAGUUAACGGUAUUCUAUUGUGGCUGUAUUAGUUCUCUUCCUGGGUGAUAACAAAAUAACUCUCAGUUAAACAAAAUUCGCUUUGUUCUUACUAGUUUGAAGUUAAUUAUUGAUUAGUGAGCGUAACUACAUUUCCAUUUUACCGUUAAAUAUGUCGGCUUGACACUGUUGAUAUCACUUAUACAUGGCUUUAAUCACAUGGAGACAAAUAUUAACUACAUGAACUGCGGUUCUUUGCUUUUCAUUCGCAUCUCCGGAGCUUCUUUCACACGAUCAUCUAAUUAUUUUGCGGUGUGAAGAAAAUUUAGAACUUUACUUGUUUAAUAUAUUCUAAUUUUGGCAGCGAAAAGAAUAAUAAUAAUAAAAAGCAACAUGAAUGCGAUUAUAAUCACUGAUCAGCUCAGCUUGCUAGCAGAUUGCAUUCUUUCGGUAAUGAUUAAUUGAAUGCAGAGAACAAGCAUCUAAUCAUGAAGGUUUGCGUCAUGUAAUAUCUAGAAUUUAAAUUAUUUAAAAAUUUUACCAGAUGUGUUUUUUCCUUCAGAGCAGACGACUACUUGACGAAAAGAAGAGAUCUUCUGAGUUUGUAGUUUCGCGGAUGAGCAUGGAACCUACAGGUAAUUACAGGUUUAUACCCUUAUAAUUAUCCAAGUGGAAUACAGAUAGUUUCCUUACACUAGAAAGCUUAUUCCCUCAGUAACCUUCUUUACAGAGGAUACACUCAAGAGCCUUAUCGAAAACCUGAAACCAGUUAAAGCAGUUAAACGCUGACUGGCCUUAGUCAAAAUAUAACAAAAUUUCUUAUAUUCAUUUUGUAAAACGACGCAUAAUGGAUAGCACCAUGCCAUGUGAAAGUACUGCCAAAGAGGUUUCAUUGAAUGAUGUUCACGCCACAGGAUUUAGUCCACAGUGUCAAAAGUUACCUUACGAGACUCCAUCACUUUGACUAAUUGGUAGCUGUCAUAGGUGUGAAAUAAACUUCUGUCAUACGACUGAAUAGGUACAAAGGAGAAUAAUGGCUCCUAUUAUUCGCUUUUGCAGGCCAUGUAGCAAGCCUUUAGAAACUUGGGGGGAGGGGGGGAAGGCAGAAAGAUUUUAGGUAGCUCAUUGUGUUUGAAAAGCAGAGGGUUUUCGGUCCGGAGGACCCAUUGAACUGGUCUUUGUAUCUUACAACCUAAAAAUGUUUCACCUAGCUGCGGAGACAUCAUUGUUUCAAUGCCCUGAGAGAUGACUUUUUAUAUUCAACUUUUAAGCGAGCAUGUUUUGACCUUUUGGGGCAUAUAAACUAGAGGGGGGGGGCACGGGUUCAAUGCCCUGGGAGAUGAUUUUUUAUAUUCAACUUUUAAGCGUGCAUAUUUUGACUUUUGGGGCAUAUAAACUAAGGGGCGGGCACGGGUCCCCCGGUACCUCCCCAUGCUACGGCCCUGCUCUUGAUACAUAUCGCCUCAACCCUUUUACUCUUAGAGUGAAAGUAGUUAAUUAUCUUCUCCCGUUGAGGGGCUUCUUGCGGAUAAUGAAACAUAAUUAGGUCACUGAAACAUAAAAGGAAUCCCAGCUGGUACGUUGGCUAUUUUACAAACGUGGCGGAGGAUGUAAACUUCGAACAACGGAGAACAAAUCCAGCUGGCCGUCAGGGCGAGAUUCAGUUGCACUCGGGGCCUCUGGAUUCCAAAUUCAGCGUUCUAACCACUCUUUAUUAGGUCGUUCUGAAUGAUAUUGGAAAUUUUUGUGGAAUUGUUGCUUUAGUCACGUCAGGGAGUUAUGGUUUCACGGUUACACAAUUAGGGGGUAAUACGGUAUUUAGAUUUAGCCAAAGCCAAAAGCGAAGCUCUCGUGGGAUCUUUAAAGAAAUGUUUUUCUCCAGUAAUUCAGCUUUUGCCAUAAACAAGAAGUUAACUGAACUCCUCCUGAAAAAAGUGGAACUGAGCUUGUGAUCAAUUGAAAACAUAACUGGUCAGCGGAGAACUAUAAGAAAUCACGUCCCCUCAAUGAGGUGUUCACUAGAGCCCGCGAUACAGUCAUAUGACAAUGGACAGCGGUUACCUUUUUAGACAGCUGUCAAUAGGCCUUCUGCAAGAUUUGCGACAUAUCACAAGAAUCUGUUAUUCAGUUGUCUUCCAAUGGUAAUAGCCUGAUUUAGCAACAGAGCGGGAACGUCAGUUGACGACGGUGCGCAAAUCAAACAACUCGCUUGACCAAUGGCAGAGCGGCAAAAGGGGCACCGGAAGUCGAGUUUAGUCCUUUCCGCGCGCUUUCCCGUAGUCAAAUGACGUUCCCGUUCUGUUGCUCAAUCAGCAUAAUACUUAGAUUCCCCCCCCCCCCCAACUUCUUGAGCAUUAUUAGGGUGCGUUCGAUUGUUCGUAUUUCGGAAUACGAAUAAGCUAAAGCUUUGUUACAAACCUCUUGCACCAUACUUCUUGGACUACUGAAAGCUACAUUACAUCGAAAUAUUUUAUUUCAGCACAUUUCUAGAUGUUGCAUUGCAAUGAAUGGCAAAACAAAUACGGUCAAUAGAUCAUACCCUUAGUAAGUACUGUUUAGGAAAAACACUUUUAGGUUGAUAUGCCAAUCUCACCUCUAAUCAAGUAGUAUGGCUUCUAAUAAUACUCUUUUCUUCACAGAAUCGGUGUUUCCUAACAUUACCAACAACGCCACGGAACCUGGCAGUGGAGGUUCGUAUUCCAUACCUCCAAACAUUCAAAUCGGAGUCACCAUAUUUGCAGUAUUGAUUUUUAUCUUUGCGCUGAUCGGUAACAUUGUGGUAAUUUACAUUGUCUGCACGGUAAACCACAUGCGCAGCUCAACCAACACCCUCAUCGCCAACAUGGCCGUUGCUGAUCUGUUGAUGACCAUAGACAUACCGUACAUACUUAAAUUUUUCUACGUCCGCGAUAAAUGGUUUGGAACCUUCAUGGGCACCGUUUUAUGCAAGUUUUUUUUCACUCUGCUCAAGUGGGAUCUCUAA